AGUGAGCUGGGAAAUUCCGGGGAAGAGGUCUGCUGUUUCUUGAACGUCUUGAACGUUUGGGCAAACCCUCUGUAGUUUAUAAAAAGGACAAUGGAUCCCACUAGUUCUUCACUUUUCACUUUCACUUCACGGCCGCUUGACUCCUCACCUCCCCAUCUCCUCACCUUUCGCUACUUACAUUCACGAUGACCUUCGCACCAAAAGCCUUCAGUCUUUUCCUGGUGGUUUUGCUGGGAGUUUGUAUACAGCUCAACGGAGCUCAGUACAUUCCAGGUGCCAGAUGCAAAUGCCCAGGAACCAUUAUGCACAUCCAGGAAAUCAUUGAUGACUUUGAAAUCAUUGAAAAGACCCAUUACUGCGACACUACUGAAAUCAUUGUUACACUGGCAGAAGAUGGAGCCACAAGGUGCCUGAACCCUGUUGGAAGAAAGGCCAUGUUUUUCAUCAACUGCUGGAACAAAAUAAACAAGGACGACAAUAAAAAGAAGAGGUGUCUUAAGAGAAAAGCAGAGUGAACGUAACGGAGGAGGGGAGAAGGGGCAUGGAAAACCCAACGGCUGGAUUUUCCCUGAAGUCAUGUGACCAAGAAGAAUGUUGGGGGCUGACACUGCACUUGAGAGAGAGGGAGCGAGAGUGAGAGUGAGAGAGAGAGAGUGAGAGAGUGAGAGUAUAAUAAAGGUAAAAGAUCAACUGAAUGUAAAGGUAUAAGAUCAACUGAAUGUAAAUGUAUAAGAUCAACUUAAUGUAAAGGUAUAAGAUCUACUGAAUGUAAAGGUAUAAGAUCAACUUAAUGUAAAGGUAUAAGAUCUACUGAAUGUAAAGGUAUAAGAUCAACUUAAUAUAAAGAUAUACGAUCAACUGAAUGUAAAGGUAUAAGAUCAACUUAAUAUAAAGGUAUACGAUCAACUGAAUGUAAAGGUAUAAGAUCAACUGAAUGUAAAUGUAUAAGAUCAAGUCAAUGUAAAGUGUUACCUAAUAGUCAACUACACAGGUAUAAUAACAACUUGUCAAUGUCAA